AUGAAGAUCAUUCCAAUUUUACUAUUCCUGGCCCCCCUGGCUCUCCCAGCUGGAGCUGACAAGGAGUUUUUCUCCGUGGGUUCUGCGGGAUCUCCCGAAACAAAAUCGAGAUUUGCGAUGCUGGACGAUGUCCGAAUCCUGGCCAAUGGACUCCUCCAGCUGGGGCACGGUCUCAAAGACUUUGUCCACAAGACCAAGGGGCAGAUGAAUGACAUCUUUCAGAAACUCUACAUUUUUGACAGGUCCUUUUACGAGCUCUCCCUGCAAACCAGCGAAAUCAAGGAGGAAGAAGAACAGCUCCGGCAAACCACGGCCAGGCUGCAAAUCAACAACGAGGAGAUAAAGAACCUCUCCCAGGAGAUGAACCUGAAGAUUGAAGACCUCAUCCAAAACAAAAUCCAGCUGCAGGAGCAAGUGUGGGGACUGGAGGACAAGAUCACCAAACUGGCCAUUUUCCAGCCUUCGGUGCAAGAGACAAAAGAAAUUUCUUCACUCAAAGCUUUUGUGGAGCAGCAGGACAAUGACAUCAAGCAGCUGCUGAGAAUCGUGGAGGACCAGCACGUGCAGCUGGACAGGCAGCACAACCAGAUCACGGAGCUGGAGGACAAGGUACAGGAACCACCCCUGCUUCUCCUUCCAUCUCUCCUGACACUGAGGGAGCUGAGGGAUUUCUAACACCCUGUUUGCUCCCCAGGUGCUGCUGCUGACUGCACUGCCCUCUACCACAGCGGCGUGCAGGCCAGUGGGGUCUACACUAUUCAGCCCAAUGGCUCAGAAGCUUUCAAUGUCUACUGUGAAAUGAAAUUUGGCACAUCCUGGACUGUUAUCCAGAAGAGAGUGGAUGGAUCGCUGGAUUUCAACCAAACUUGGGAUGCCUACACAAAUGGUUUUGGUGACCUCAAUGAGGAAUUCUGGCUGGGCCUGAAGAAGAUCUACUCCAUCACCCAGCAGGGGAAUUACCUGCUGCGGAUCGAGCUGCAGGACUGGAGAGGGAACAGGAGGCACAUCGAGUACAGCUUCAGCCUGGGGGGCCCCAGCACCAACUUCACCCUGCAGCUGUCCAGGAUGUCGGGGAGCAUUCCCAACGCGCUGCCCGAGCACGCCCAGCUGCGCUUCUCCACCGGGGACACGGCCAGCAGCUCCAGCUGUCCCCAGAGCCACCCAGGAGGCUGGUGGCACAGUGAGUGUGAGGAAACCAACCUGAACGGGAAAUACGUCACGCCAAGGUCCAGGGGAAGGCUGGACAGAGGAAAAGGUUUGUACUGGAAGCCUAAGAAAGGAAGAUACUACCUGCUCAAGUCAACCAAAAUAAUGAUCCACCCAACAGACUUAAAAAGCUUUGACUGAGUGCUCAACCUGCUGCAUUUUAACUCAGAACAAACACAAGGAACUUCACCACACCAAAGGACUUGAUGCUGUGUUUACCAACAGAUGCCAUGUCCCAAUCCAUGCCCUGCAUGGAAUUUCUCCAAAACAUAAACCAGAGGCAUCUGAGAUGGUCUUACAAAAUGUUUGGUGAGUAUUGUCAUUCCCUCAAGCCCCAAUGUCAAUGUGCUGCAACUUUUUGUGGAGCUUUUCCUUCCCCACAGUGCAAUUCUAAUGCCUAGAAGCCAGCCUGUCACAUAUUGGAUAAUAUUGUUUGGGGGAAUGGGUUUUCAGGCUGUGCAUUCCUUUCUGGGUUGUGUAGUAGGGAAAACAAAAAGUGUUUUCUGGGAACAAAGGGCUGGCAAAACCCUAAGGAAAACAUUUAGGGGGAACAAAAAGAAAUUUUGUUUCUUGAAGUCACUAAUUGAAUGUUUGGUUCAUGUUUUUGUUGUGGAAUGUUUUAGGAGCAAAUGAAAGAUGGGUAAUUCCUCAUUUUAGGGCUCUGGGUAUUUCCAGACAAUGCUCCAGGAGUGUAGCUAAGGCCAAUCCAUGCUCUCUGGAGCUCUGUGCAGGUGUGUCACACACAGGGGGCAGAGCAGAUCCUGCUCCUCUGGAUCCCACAGAUCCCACAGGGCAACUGCACAGCUGGGCUGCUCACUGGAAGUGAAGAGCCAAACUUCACUGAAAGGAGCAAGAGAUCUGCUCUCCUCACCUGAAAUGAAUCAGA